UCCAGCCAGAAAAGUAUAGACAGCAGGGGCUGUGUGUGGACCAGGACCGAUAAAGUAACUGGGGGAAGAUCAGGCUCUCCAUCCCAAGUGCUCCUCCGUUCUUGGUGCAGUCCUUCCUAGGACAUCAGAACUCCACACCUCACUUCUUUUCUUCCUGAACAUCCUGAGUCUGAAUUCCAGUUCUAGAUCAUUCCGAGGGGACUGACCCUGCUGGAGUGCAAAGACCUUCCCUGAGAGGAGAGCCUUCAAGAGGUGCCAUUGCCAUCAGAUCAAGGUCACCACUGCUGAGCUUCUACUGGACAGAGCCAUGGCUUGGGCCUCUAGCUUUGAUGAAUUCUUUAAGAAUUUUAAGAGGGAAAGUAAAAUCCUCUCUGAGGAAAACAUCACCUUGAUUAAAUCCUACAUUGAGCAAAAUGACCUCCAGGAAGCACUUUCUGUAAUCAACAAUGCACUGAGAGACAUCGAGAAUGCCCCGCUGAACAUUGCUGUGACAGGGGAGACAGGGACAGGGAAGUCCACAUUCAUCAAUGCCCUCAGGGGGGUGGGGCAGGAAGAAGAAGGUGCAGCCACCACUGGAGUGACAGAGACAACCAUGGAGAGAAAGCAGUAUGACCACCCCAAGUUUCCCCAGGUGAAAAUAUGGGACCUGCCUGGCAUUGGGUCCACUAACUUCCCACCACAAAACUACCUAACAGAAAUGAAGUUUGCUGAAUAUGACUUCUUCAUUAUUGUCUCUUCUACACGCUUCAAAGAAAAUGAUGCACAACUAGCCAAAGCCAUCAAAGAGAUGAAGAUGAAUUUCUACUUUGUCCGAACCAAGACAGAUAAUGACUUAUAUAAUGAACAGAAGAGUAAACCUAAGUCUUUCAAUAAGGAGAAUGUCCUGAUGAACAUCAGAAAAGACUGUUCAAAGCAUCUCCAGGAGGUUCUCUCCAGUGAACCUCCAGUCUUCUUGGUCUCUAACUUGGAUAGGUCUGGCUAUGACUUCCCAAAUCUGGAAAUGAAACUCCUAAGGGAGCUCCCAGCUCAUAAGCGCCACAUCUUCAUGCUAUCCUUGCACAGUGUUACUGAGGACACCAUUAACCUCAAGAGAGAUUCCUUGAAGCAGAAAGUCUGGCUAGAGGCCGUGAAGGCUGGAGUAUUGGCCACCAUUCCACUUGGUGGCAUGAUCAAGGAUGAUCUAGAGAAUCUGGAUGAAACAUUCAACCUCUACAGGUCUUACUUUGGGCUGGAUGAUGCCUCAUUGGAAAAGAUUGCUGAAGAUUUUGACAUGUCUGUGAAUGAAUUCAAGGUGCACCUUCAGUUUCCCCAUUUGUUUGCAGAAGACAAUGAUGUGACCUUAGGAGACAGACUAGUGAAAUAUAUCAAACACAUUUCCUCCGUUACUGGUGGACCACUUGCUACCUGCAUUUACUACAGAAAGACUUACUAUUUGCAGAAUCUCUUUCUGGAUACUGCUGCAAAUGAUGCCAUAGCUCUUCUUAAUAAGGAAGCUCUUUUUGAAAAGAAGGUGGGACCAUAUAUAUCUAAGCCCCCCGAUUACUGGGAAUGAUGGGAAAAUGAGGCACAAGCUCCAGUCAGUACUUACUUUUCACCUUGCCUGGGACACUGACUCAUAACCUUUUCCAGAGUAACAAACCUUGUCUGUGGAGCACCAGAGCGUUCAUCCUUUUCCUCUUCUGGAGCCAGAAGCUCACUGUGUCAAGUGUUCAAUGGUGCUGUAGCAUUAGAAGAAUCAUCAACACUGUGUGAAUGCAUGAGGAAACCUCAUUUACACUGAAGUCGUAUGUAAAUAACAUAUGAUAAUAUGGAUUUGAUUUGCAAUUCUGUUAUGAAAUGAAUCCUAGAUCUUUAGCCACUGUGAAAGUCUUCACACACUUCUGCAUUCUCGCACUGCUUUGAGGGGUUUCUGAAACAGCGGCAUCUGGUGCCCAACAUUGUAUAGACAAACACAUCUCCUUAAAAGGUGUGAGCCCCACACAGGAGGCACACAACAGGUGGGGACUGUGACCAUAGGCCAAGUUCCAUCCCAAAGGCGCUGGGUAAAAAAAAAAUAGAAGAGUAAACAUACCUAUAAAUCCCCUUGGUUCAUACAAAUAAAAAAUUUAUUUCAUUCAUACCCUUCAAGGCAAAUUUGAGUGAACUGGGAAUUCACACUAUGUGAAUGGCAACUGAAACUCUUCAUUUGACCUAGUGGCAUUAGGAGCCUUGAUAUGUCACACAGUAUACCCUUUUGUCCAAUCAGCUCUACCCACAAAUGUUCAUUGUAAUGAGCCAUUGGUCCAGGUCAAGGCCUCAGGCACACCAUGAUCACGACACUCUAACAGCAACUCCCCUUGGUUAUUCUGCUGUUGCCCCAAGACAUGGAGAACCUGUGGCUACUGUUCUCCAGGACCAGUCCUUUCACAUGCUCCAGUGGUUCAUAAAUGGGGUAGAUAAUAGGGUAGGCCAAUCUAAGGCCAGUAUCUGGGUCUGGAUUGUAGCUGAGCAUUUCAGUCCCAGCCGCUGGGAUCAUCCCCUUCAGUAGAGGUGUGGAACCAGCUCUCCUAGAUCCCUGUCAUUGGGACUAGCUCUCCUAUGGCAUGGUGUGGGGCGGGGCCAUCUCCCUUGUGUGUUGAGGCCAGCUCUUCCAUGAGGAGUGGUACCAGCUCUGCUGCUGCAUUGUCCAGCAAGGGGCAGGGCCAGUGAUGGGAGGGACUGGCUCAGCAAGGUCCUUGGAUUUCAACACUGAUGGAUCCUAUGAUGCCCUGUGAUAACAUGGAUCAUUGACAUCAACACAGACCCCAGCUGCAGCAGGAACAUGGGCCUUUACAUGGCCCUCAGGAGCAUCUUGGGCCCUGAUGUCACCAUGGCCCCAGUGGAAGCACAGGCUACCCUGAUCAGUAUGGUCCCCAGGCAGCAUGACCCUCAGACAGCAACAUGGUCUCAGGUGACAGACCAGAGCCCAGGCAUCUGCACAGUCCUUGGUAGUAACAGGAGCCACAGACAUCAACUUAGUUGCUGGCUGCAAACUCAGACCAUGGCAUCUUAGUCCCCAGAUUGGGGUUUAUUUAUUCCAUUGACAGGUUAGAAUGGCUAGUUGAGCAGAGACUGUGGAAGAGGGGCUGAUAUCUGGAGUCUCUGUUUCUAAUUGUCAGGAGACACAGCUGACCCUUCUUCCUACCAUACACACAUUCUUACUGAUGUCCUGUCUAAGCCCUGACAACACACUCCUCCUUGGUUUCACUGUGGAAGACACAACACAAUGCUGGUUGUUGAAGAACUGGGGUAGAUCAGCUCAUUUCAUCAUACCUGCAGCCCUGACUCAUGUUUUUCUGCCAAUGUAUCCUGAAAUGAGGAGGGGAGGGAGGAGAACAGUAGAUGGAAAUUUCUACUCUCCAGUCUUGCCUUGCCCAGCACUCCUGAUGAAUCUAUUCCACCUGUGGUCCUGCAGCUUCUUGUAUAAUAAUCACUCAUAGGCUUAUAUUAAUUACAAACUGUAUGGCCUAUAUAUCCAGCUACUUGCUAGCUAGCUCUUUCAUCUUAAAUUAACCCAUUUCUAGAAAUCUGUAUGUUGCCAGGUGGCCGUGGCAUUACCAGUCUGCUGACAUCUUGUUGCUCCUUCUGUGGCAGGAUAGGGUCUAUCCCAACUCUGCCAUUCUUCUCUCUGGAUCUCUGCUUGGAUUUUCCACCUGGAUGUAAACCUCCUUGCCGUAGGCCAAAACAGCUUUAUUUAUUAUCCAAAUGGGAGCCACAUAUAUCCACAACAUACAGAAAGACAUCCCACAACAAAGAGCAGCCACUUUUGUCCCUGGAUAGCAGGUUACAGGGAAGUGUAUUCCUUUAGAGACUUGAUUUCACAGUGAGACCUGCAAGGAAAGAGUGAGUCAAGGUCACAUGUGGGAGCAGAGUCUGUGAAAAACCCAAUCUGCUCACAUCAGAGCUAAGACACCUCCACUGUCUCUGAGAGGAACACCAGGGUCCCUUCUUUAGUCACAAAGGAAAUUGUAGAAGAACAUCAUCCUGGAGCAAUAGAAGGUACAAGGCACUCACUGUGCCUGAUGCAUAUGUGCAUGCGUGCGUGCGUCUGUGUGUGUGUGUGUGUGUGUGUGUGUGUGUGUGUGUGUGUUUGUGUGUGUAUGUGUGUGUUUGCACAAAGGUCAAUCUGCAUGUAUGUGUAUUUGUGUGUAACUGAUGACCCAGUACUUGUAGCUACAUACUAACCAAAGAGACAUUAGUCCACCCAAGCAUGUGGCUCUAUCAGGCUUUGUCUUUUCCACAAUUCCCUCUGCCUUGCUGAAAACAAUUAGAUCACAUCCCUAAAACAAGCCACCAAGGUCUAUUCCCUUACUUGGUCACUUCUUCCUCCUGAGAUUGACUACCAAGGUCCAGUUAUCAAAGUAUUUGAGUCUGUCAAUCAACAGCCCCCUUUGGCUCACCUAAUUAACAUGUCCAAUCAAAAUAUACCACCACAUCCUAGCUCACUCUAACACAGACCUCCCCUUUUUCUCUUCUUAAAAAUGACACCUGCAAGGUCAUUUGCUGCUGUUUUUCUGCCUGAGUCAGAAAACAGCCAUUUUAACUUUUUUUCCCUCUUAAUAAAGUAUCUCUCUGUGAAA